AUGGAUUCAGACACACUGGAAGCCUUCCAGAGGGAACUCACCUGCUCCAUCUGCAUGAACUGCUUCCUGGACCCCGUCACCAUAGACUGUGGGCACAGCUUCUGCCGUCCCUGUCUGAGCCUUUGCUGGGAGGAAGACUGGAUUCCAAAGAGCUGCCCUGAGUGCAGGGGAAUAUCAGCAAAGACCCAGUUCACAACCAAUAUUGUCCUCAAGAGGCUGGCUUCCCUUGCCAGACAGGCCAGAGCUGACCACGACCACAGCUCUGAGGAGCAGAUCUGCGUGACACACCAGGAAGCCAAAGGCCUCUUCUGUGAGGCUGACCAGACCCUGCUCUGUGGGCCCUGCUCUGAACGCCCCGAGCACGCAGCUCACAGCCACAGGCCAAUACCCAGGGCUGCUGAGGAGACCCGGGAGAAACUUCUAAAGAGAAUGGGCUCUUUAUGGAAAAUCAGAGAAGAAAUGCAAACUAUUCUGAACCAGGAAGCUAAAAAAACUAGGUCAUUUAAGGACUAUGUGGCCUUAAGGAAGGAGAUGAUUACAGCUGAAUAUCAGAGGAUACCUCUGUCGCUCCGGGAGGAGGAGCAACUGCAUCUGCAGGCCCUGGAGCGAGAAGCCAAGGAGAUUUGUGAACAACUCGAGUACAGUGUGUUCAGAAUGACUCAGUACAGAGCAAGUCUGAAAGAAAUGUACAGAGAGCUGACUGGGAUGUGCUGCAAGCCGGACGGGGAGCUGCUCCAGGUGAGAAAGGAGGUAGAUGCACGGACUGACUUGGCAGAGACGCAGAAGCCUCAGCCAGUGAACCCAGAGCUCACUUGCUGGCCUGUCACUGGAAUCCUAGACACACUGAACAGCUUCAGAGUGGAUAACAUUCUGAGUCAGACAAUGACCAUUCACCACAUGAGCCUUUCUGAGGAUGGUGAUGAUGCAAGUUUGAUGUUCAGAGAUGAGCACCACGGAGCAUGCAGACAGCCUCAGAUUGUGGAGAGUGUCAUGUCCUGGGGCUCUCGGGCCUUCACCUCCGGGAGGCAUUACUGGGAGCUGGACGUGACGUACUCCUCCAGCUGGAUUCUGGGCAUCUGCAAAGAUAUCUUGAUAACUGAUACUAAUAUCAGUAUUUAUUCUGAAGAAGCAUGUGUUCUGUUUUCCAAGAAGGUGAAAAAUCAUUAUAGUCUCUUCACCAAUGCCCCACCCUACAUUCAGUAUGUGAAAAGGCCUCUGGGGAGGAUUGGGAUGUUUCUGGAUUAUGACAAUGGAAUUGUGAGCUUCUAUGAUGUUUGCAGAGGAUCCCUCAUAUACAGUUUCCUUUCUUCCCCCUUUUCCUUCCCUCUGAAGCCUUUCCUUUGUCUUAGGUCUCCAUGA